UAUUACCUUUUUUAUACUAAUAAACAGUUACACCGAAAUCGAUUCGGAUUUUUCGACGUUUUUUUGUGUUCGCCGCGAAUUAUGUCCGUUGUGUGCGUCUCCGAUAGACCGUGUCCGCGUUGAGGGUUCGCGAGUGCACAGUACAAGUGACAGCUGUGUCAUAGGCGGCACCUCUCAAAAAUCGGAUCACUUUCCAAACAACAAACGACCGGAUGAAUGGGUUACAGUAGGUACACCGAUCUGAAGCUCAGGAUGUCCAAGAACAAUAUCGGCGGUUCGAGGAGCCUCUCGUCCGCCAGCUGCAACAGCCUAUCCUCCGAUUUCGAGAUCAUCGAGAACGGGAUCGAGGACGUGAGUCUGGUGAAGACCAGCAGGCCGUCCAGCACGAGCCGGACCCAAAAGGCCAAACGUAUACGUUUUUUCCAUAAUGGCAAUAAGUUCUUUAAUGGUGUGGUGGUUCCUGUGGCCCCUGAACGAUAUAGGUCCUUUGAUAGUUUAACCAAUGAAUUGACUCAGAUAUUAACUAAAAGUGUUACGUUACCAAGUGGUGUUAGGAAUGUUUACACCAUGGACGGGAGAAAGGUGACUGGACUGGAAGACCUGGAAGAUGGCAAGGAGUACGUGUGCAGCGGCAAAGGAGAGCAGUUCAAGAAGAUCGAAUACUCAAAAACCGACACGCUUCGAUCCAAACGAAUAUCCAACAACAGAAACAACAUGUCCAUCAAUUCCUACUCGCCGAAAAUAAUCCCGCCGGACUGCAUCCGACCACGCAUCGUCACCGUCAUAAGGAGCGGCAUCAAGCCCAGAAAGUUGUUGCGGAUACUCCUAAACAAACGCAACGCCUCGAAUCUCGAACAGGUGCUCAGCUCGUUCAGCGAACUGUGCCAGCUGGCCGUGCGUAAGGUUUUCACGCAAUCGGGCCAGUCGGUGACCGAGCUGUCGCAGCUCUUCGGACAGGAGGACGUGUUCUUCGCCUACGGCAAUGAACGUUGCUCCCCCGAUGAUUUCGAACUGGAGUUCGAGGAGAGCAAGGAGCUCACGAAGUACAGGAGGACGCCCGGACUGAGGAACGGGGCGGGACCGAAGCCCAAGAUGCCCAGGAAGGAGCUGAACAGGACGUACGAGUCGGAGGAGAGUCUGCUCAAGAAGCUGGGCGAGGACGGCGACAUCGCGUUGCCGCCCGCUUUCAGCAAGAAGUAUAUGGUCAGCAGGAAAAUCGGAGACGGAAAUUUCGCUGUUGUGAGAUUAUGUAGGGAUACCACUCUUAAUGUCGACUAUGCUUUAAAAAUAAUCGAUAAGGCAAAGUGCAAAGGAAAAGAAGACAUGCUUGACAAUGAAGUGAAAAUUCUAAAGAAAGUGGGCCACCCCAACAUAAUGUCCCUGAUCGAGGAACAGGACACGAAAAGCAUGUUGUACCUGGUGUGCGAGUACGUGACGGGGGGCGACCUGUUCGACGCCAUCACCGUGGUGCAGAAGUUCUCCGAGGAGCAGGCGGCGCUGAUGAUCAACAACUUGGCUUCCGCUUUGGCUUACCUGCACCACCUGAACAUCGUGCAUCGAGACGUCAAACCCGAAAAUCUACUAGUGGAGUUAGAAGAUGGGAAGGUGAAACUGCUGAAGCUGGGCGACUUCGGGCUGGCGUGCGAGGUGACUCGACCUCUGUACACGGUGUGCGGCACGCCCACCUACGUGGCGCCCGAAAUACUCGCCGAAACCGGCUACGGUUUGAAGAUAGACGUGUGGGCCGCAGGUGUGAUCCUAUACAUCCUCCUGUGCGGCUAUCCACCGUUCGUGUCGCAGGAUAAUGAUCAGGAGAAGCUCUUCGACUGCAUCCUGUCCGGCCACUACGACUUCCCCGAGGAGUACUGGCAGGACGUCUCCAGCUUGGCGAAGGAAUUGAUACAGAACAUGCUUCAGCUUGCGCCCGAGCUUAGGUUCUCCGCCGAGGAUGUGCUGGAUCAUCCUUGGUUGCAUGUAGCCGAAUCGUAACUAGGAGCCGAUUUUUAAAGGAAAUUUUGUACAAAUUAAUAUUUAGUUUUAUUAAUUUAUAUCAAUUUGUUUAAAAAAAUCAACUGCGAACCUGUAUUUAGACAGUCAUAAGUCGUUUUGUUUAGUUCAAGUCCAUGAUCGAGCUUUUGCUAUUCGAGUAGCAAACGAAUUUUAAAAUAGACGAGAAAUAGGUGGUUUUGCCAAAAUUAGAAAAUGCUGAAUUAGACGACUAGAUUAGACCCCCCCUAAAACAUCAGUGGUGCUAUUUAUUGAAUGUGCUGUUUCGAUGUUACAACAAUUUGAACUGAAAUUAACGAAUUGGUAUUCAGUACGCAAUAGUUACCGGAGUUCUGGAGUUUUUUUUAACGAUUAUUUCUUUGUUCUGUUCUUACGUCAACUACCUAUUUGAUAUUUCAGGCAUAUCUAAUUUAUUUAGCUACAUUUAUUGAAGGAAACAACAUUAAUUUAAUGCAUUUAAUGUAGCAUUUACUUGCUCAGUUGUUAAAAAACUUUUAUAUUGUAUUUUUAAAAUGGCAAGAGGACUGACAAAAGUCACUCAUAUCACUGAGCUUUUUGACCAAAGCUUUUAAUGAACUAAUUAUUUUGUGAUUGAAAUAUACACAUAAACUUUAUAUUUAUUGAAUCUUAUACCAAAGUGGAUUUUAUGGUACUAUUUUUUAUCGAAAACAUACACGACGUUUUUAUUCUUUAAAACUAUUGUUUUCAGUAUUUAACCAAAAUUAAAAUUUAUAAUCACUUAUAUGGAUUCUUCACUUAUUUUGAAUUUAGGUUAAAGACUUGAUAAAGUAUUAUUUAUUGUUAUAUAAUUGCAAACUAAAGCCUUAAAUAUAGAUUAUAAUUUAUCACUUUAUCUAGUUUUAUUUCUUUUUAUAAAAUUAGAAUAAAACGCUGUAAAGUUGCAAUUAGAUUGUAAAUAAAUUAUUAAAAACC